AUGGCGGGCUCCGGCGAGUCUACCACCACAGAUACCCCCAACAAUUCCUCACCGCCAACGACCACCGCCGCCAACGUCGACACUGAGGCGGUCCAAAAGCUACCGAACGGUACACAUGCACCGGAUGUACCUGCAACACAGCAACCUUCUGCAACCACGGUUAUGACAAUCGAGAAGCCCGAGUUUGACGAUUUCGGCCUGCCCAUCAGACGAUACAUACCCCCACCGCCCGAAGAGACCGAUCAGACGACUGACGUCCAUCCCGGCCUGCAGCAGCCCGUGGACGCGCCACCACGAGAGGAAAGGAAGGUGGACGAUACCGAAGAAACAAAGGCGGCUGAAGACAAACCAUCAGUUGAGAAUGAUGCCUUGUCAGAGAGCGACGAUGAUGACUUCAAAGAUGCACAGUCCGAGCAGCUCGCUACUGCCGCUGCCUCGGGAGUCAACUCUAACGCCCCGUCGACCCCUGUGACGUCCAACCUGGACAAGGGAGACAUGAAGGACAAGCCGUUGCCGACAAGUUCCAGUAAAAAAGAGAACAAAGCUCAUGGUGCCCUAAGUAACGUAGGGAAAAUGGGGGAGGAGGCCGGCCAAUCACCAGAGCCAGCCACCGAAAUGCAUACGGCGGACAAGCAGUCGAUAGUGGAAGAGAAGUCGACGGAAGAGAACGCAGGCAAAGACAAGAGUGCCACAGUCAACACUGAGGCAAACCAGUCAGAUGAGAUGAAGCCACAGCUAUCACCACCUACUGUUAAGCUGAGAGAGGAGCGGCCAGAAUCUCCAGUGAAACUGGUUGACAAGGCAGAUGAGCCAGGACUCAAGGGAGCCGAGCCAACACCCCCAAAGGCCCACGACCACCACAGAGACAUGAGCACAGCUAGCAACGGGCUUAUAUCAGAAUUUUCGCACCAGCAGCUGACGUCGAAUAAAAAGGAGGAAGAUGACAAGGAGGAUGAUGAAUGGCAAACGAUGCCAUCAUAUGCGCCCUAUGACAUUUAUGACGAUGACAAUAGGUUGGUCGCAAAGGAGUAUACCGCCGAAGAAGAGGAGGAAAAGUACGGUUACGGUGGGCUCGGAGGCGCAGGGAAAGGAUAUACCCGGGUAGUCAUGGACGACGAUGUGGAAUCAGCGACGAGCAUGGACGACAAUACCCAGUACCUCUUCAAAGAAGUUAAGGGCACAGGCAUUGGCGAGGACGACAGCGAGGCACGUGAUGCCGUUUCCCAGAUGCAGGCGACCAAGGACCUGCUCACCGAAGGGCAGAGAGUCGCCUACGUGGGACUAACAAGGCUGGAGAUCCACAACAUGGUCAAAGCGGCCGAGAGUGUCGAACACACGAGGUCUACGAAGAAAGAGGUCAACAUGUCCGCCGAAUCAACAAAGAUGUGGGGACAGAAGAUGAUGGUCCGCCUGUACUCGCACAUGGACAUUAGCUCCGCGGAGCAGAUCAUGGUUGAGCAGCUGAGCGACCACGGCGUCGUGCCCUCCGACUUGACGCCAAUAUUGAUGGCUAAUGCACGAGUCAAAAAUCCCAUGGCUGAGGAUGCGCCCCCGAACUCGGGUUCCUGCUCGUCGCCAAAUUCGCUCCCGCCUCCCUCGCCGGCCCUUUCUCAUGACGAAAUUGCCGCCGAGGCGCCCCCGCCAUACGAAAUUCACGAGGGAGAGGAGCUACCACCCGUCAAGACUCCGGCCCAGAUGGUCACCUCUGACAAGAUUGACAUUGACUUGCGAUGGACCGUGCUGUGCGAUCUCUUCCUGCUCUUGAUUGCCGACUCUGUGUAUGAUUGUCGGUCUAGAAUACUGUUGGAGCGAGUCGGCAAGAGUCUUGGCAUUGAAUGGUUGGAUGUUAGGAAAUUUGAAAAGAAGGUCACGGAUGCUCUGGAAAUGCAGCAGGCGGCUGAAAAGGAAAACUGGAACGAGGACGAACAUAUGGAGCUUAGGAGAAAACAAGCUCUUAGGAAACGUUAUAUGAUGAUGGGUCUAGCUACAGUCGGCGGCGGCCUGGUCAUCGGCUUGUCGGCUGGUCUGCUUGCUCCUGUCAUCGGUGCUGGUUUGGCGGCAGGAUUCACCACCAUUGGAGUGACCGGAACGUCAACGUUUCUGGGAGGAGUCGGCGGAGCUGCGAUCAUUACGUCCAGCGCAGCAGCUUCUGGCGGUGUCAUCGGUGUUCGAGCCGCGGACAGGCGAACGGGAGCCGUCAAGACGUUCGAGUAUCGUCCGCUACACAAUAACAAGCGGGUCCAUCUUGUAGUGACAGUGGCCGGAUGGAUGACGGGCAAGGUGGAUGACGUCCGCUUGCCGUUCAGCACUGUGGAUCCCAUCAUGGGUGAUAUAUACUCGGUUCAUUGGGAGCCCGAAAUGUUGAGAAGUAUGGGUGACACCAUCAACAUUCUUGCGACAGAGGCUCUUACCCAAGGUCUUCAGCAAGUGUUGGCAAGCACCAUCCUGACAAGUUUGAUGGCCGCCCUGUCAUUGCCAGUCGUUCUAACGAAGCUGGCGUACUUGAUUGACAAUCCAUGGAGUGUGUCCCAGGACAGGGCUUGGGCCGCCGGUCUGAUCCUGGCAGACUCUUUGAUUGAUAGGAACUUGGGAACACGCCCGGUCACCCUUGUUGGAUACUCACUCGGAUCGCGGGUGAUUUUCUCCUGCCUCCUGGAGCUGGCCCGAAAGGGGGCGUACGGUGUGGUGCAGGACGUCUACCUAUUCGGAUCGCCCCUUAUCAUCAAAAAGGACGAGUACUUGCGAGCACGCACUGUUGUCCCAGGGAGAUUUGUGAACGGAUACAGCAGUAACGACUGGAUUCUAGCUUACCUCUUCCGACUGACCGGCGGUGGCCCUCGUAGAGUAGCCGGCCUGGCCCCCAUCGAAGACCUUCCUUGGAUUGAGAAUUUUGACGUGACGGAGUUCGUCAAAGGCCACAUGGAAUAUCGAAAGGCUAUGCCGCGUCUCCUUCGAGAAUGCGGAUGGCUUGUGGAGAGCGACGAGUUUAGCGAGAUUGAAGACCCAGACCCGGACAACCACCAGGAGCGCCAACGUGAGCUCAUCAACGAGAUUGAAGAAGCCCGCAAGGAACUCGAAAGGGAAGGGCAGAAGAAGAAGAGUAGAUUUUCCAUCUUCGGGCGGGGGAAGAAGGCGGAUAAAGAGAAGUGGGAGAUUUACGAAGACUCGACCAAGGACGGAAGCAAGCCGAACCCGAGGACAGAAGAUCAGGAGGGCAAUAAUCAUGGAGUGUUGUUCGACGUGGAGGCCAUGCGGGCGGAGCUAGCAAGGGAGAAGGACACAUCGACGAAAGAUGACCCCAAGGACUUCGAGGUGAAGGAGCUGAAGUCUACGCUUCCGCCGAUGAAGCUUGACUUGAGCUCGUCCAAUUCGUCGCUGAAUCCGCGGGACGCCCUACGUGAAACAAAGAGCGCGUGCGCCGUACCGGGUCGUGCCUCGUACGAGACCACUGGCUCGUAUUCUCACACGCCGGAGCGGACACCGACGUUCCACUCGAGCCAGAUGUUCUCACCGACGCAAAGAGCCGUGUCGCCGUACCACGCAGCGCCGUCCCCGCUCGAGGAGGUCGAGAUGACAUUCGAUACCUCGUUUCACGACCCGCCGCCGGCGCCUCGGCCUCCCCCGAAAGAUGACCUCCCUGGUCGGCCGGAGAUGAAAUCGGCUCAGACGGCGCCCAGCAUGGGAGUACCAAACCCGUGGGCAGAUAUUGACGAUGAUGACGACUUUGGUAAGGAGAAGGAGAUCCAGAUGACUUUUGCAUAA